AUGUUGUUCCGUUCAACUGCACUUUACAUCGCCUUAGCUCUUCAAGCCCAAGCCUACUUUGUUCCUGACUGUGACCAUAACAAUGUCACUCUUACCACGGUUACUACCUCUACCAAGACCAUUGACCAGACUGUUACCUUGAGUGCUACUGGUGAGCCUUUGGCUAGUGUUACUGGCGCGCCUUUGGAUAAAAGAGGAUUUCCUUUCAUGAAGAAACAUGACUCCAAGGAUGACGACGAUUGUGAUGGUAAGGACAAAGAGCCUUCGAAAAAGGAAAAGGUGAUGGCAAAGGUGAAGUCCAAGAUGAACAAGAAGCACGGUGGAAAGUCGAAGGGUGGUAAGAAGGAUGACGAUGACUGUGACGACAAUGAGAAGAGAGGUCUUCCUUUCAUGAACAAAGGUGACUCUAAGGACGAUGAUGACUGUGACGACAAGGAUGAGGAACCUUCAAAGAAGCAAGUGAUCAAGGAAAAGUUGAAGUCCAAGAUAGAAGCCAAGAAAGGUGGUAAGCAGGACGACGACGAUUGUGACGGCAAGGACGAGGAACCUUCGAAAAAGGAAAAGGUGAUGACAAAGGUGAAGUCCAAGAUGAACAAGAAGCACGGUGGAAAGUCGAAGGGUGGUAAGAAGGAUGACGAUGACUGUGACGACAAUGAAAAGAGAGGGCUUCCUUUCAUGAACAAAGGUGAUGAUUCUGGCAAGGACGAAGACUGCGACGACAAGGAUGAAGAGCCUUCAAAGAAGCAAGUGUUCAAGGAAAAGUUCAAGUCCAAGUGGGGGGCCAAACAUGGCGGUGACGAGAAGGACGACGAUUGUGACGGCAAGGACGAGGAACCUUCGAAGAAGCAAGUGAUCAAGGAAAAAGUGAAGUCCAAGAUUGAAGCCAAGAAAGGUGGUAAGCAGGACGACGAGGACUGUGACGACAAGGACGAUGAACCUUCGAAGAAGCAAGUGAUCAAGGAAAAGGUGAAAUCCAAGAUGAACAAGAAGCAUGGUGGAAAGUCGUCGAAGGAAGAUGACGACUGUGACGACAAGGACAAGAGAAAUAUUCUUCAGUACAAGAACAAGAUCAUGAAGAAGAAGGGUGGUAAGAAGAAGAGUCAGAAGACUGAGCCCUGUGACGAUGAGGUGACCACCUCUACCAAGACUGAGCCCUGUACCACUGAAAUCUCCACUACCAAGACUGACGACUGUGAAACUACUAGCACUGUAGUUUCCAAGACUGAGCCUUGUGACGAGACCACCAUUGUCAAGAGAGACCACGAGCACCACCACACCUCGACCACUGACGACUGUGAGUCUUCGACCAAGACUUCGGCUUCUUCAGCGACUUCUUCUGUCCCAGCGAGCAAGACUUCUUCUGUGAUUUCUUCAGUGACUUCGUCGGUUUCUUCGUUUUCUUCGGUGAUUUCUUCGAUUCGUUCUUCAGUUUCCUCGGUGCCUUCCUCGUCCGUCUCUGACGACUGCGAGUCCUCCACCAAGAUUUCUUCCGUGCCACAAACUUUGACUUCGAUUCCUCCAGUAACCUCGGCUGUGGUUUCGACCAAGUCUGUUCCAUCGACUCCAGCUGGUGUUACCACUGCUCCCACGUUGAGCACUCCCGUGAACAAGGCGGUGAGCUCGUCGAGCACUCGCAGUAACUCUACGACCCAUCUGGUCCAUUUUGGUGAGGCCAAUGGCUACACUGCUUCGUGGAAGAUGAUUGGUGUCAGUGUUGCACUUGCGCUUAUUGUCUAG